AUGGCUGAUUGCAGCGCCUUCUUCUACGGAACCUUGAUGGCACCCCAAGUCCUCUAUCGUGUUGUCUACAGUACGACCAAUCCAACUCCAUCCCAGAUAAACCGCCUCGUCAUAGAGCCUGCUACCCUUCCACAAUACACACGCCGCCGUGUUCGCGAUUGCGAUUACCCGGCCAUCGUUCCAUCCAGCGAGCCUGGAGCCUGCGUGAGAGGGACCUACGUCAGAGGUCUCACCCGCGAUGACCAAUGGCGCCUCGAUCUCUUUGAAGGCAGCCAGUACGAACGGAUCCGGCUGCGACUACACUUGAGAGAUAAGAAAGGAAAUGAGGGAGAAGAGAUGGAGGCAGAGACAUAUGUAUGGGCAGAAGAUACCAGAGGUUUAGAAGACGGAGAGUGGGACUUUGAGGAGUUCAGCAGAGAAAAGAUGGGAAGAUGGAUUGGCAACGAUGAGGAGUAUGAAGAGGUUGAUGAGGCGGUGAGGAAGAAAGAUCCGACGGGUGGGAGAGGUGUGAAUGGCAAAAUUGGAGGGAAGCUGGAGGUCAAGGGUAAGAGCGAGAAGGAGGUACUGGAAAGUGCUGUGUAG